AUGCAGAAAGUGCAACUAGAAGAAAACGUGGAAUUAUUGGACCAUCCUCCAUAUAGUCCCGAUCUAAAUCCUAACGAUUUCUUUACUUUCCCGAAAAUUAAAAACAGACUGCGUGGUCAAAGGUUCCAGUCACUAGAAGAAGCAGUUGACGCAUUCAAAAAUGCCGUUUUGGAUCUGCCAGCAAACGAGUGGAAUAAGUGCUUCGAAAAUUGGUUCGAAGGCAUGCCGAUGUGUAUUAAUCUUCGUGGAGAAUACUUCGAAAAACAAUAAAGUCAUUUAAAACUACCUAUCGUGUUGUUCUAUUUCCAUAUGCAAAACUCAAAAGACAUCCC